AUGAGUGCCCUCCGCAAGUUUCGCAAAUGGAAGCUCAAAAUCGACACACCGGAAGGUAUCAUGGAUUUGAAGUUCUCCGCAGACGGCAACUUCCUGCAGACAGACCUUGGUCUUAUCAAGGUUGGCGAAACCAGCUCGCAUGGCGGACUUUCAGUUGAACAUAACUGGAUAUACUAUGGUGCUUCAUCGGUAUUUCGAAUCCACGCAGAUUUAUUUGCGCGGCGGUAUGAUGUGCGAGGAAACCGUAUUGCGAUUGGAUUUGCGGGUGGUCAGGUUCUAUGCCUUGAGUUCGAUUGUGAGGCGUUGGAUAAACUACUAGAAUCUCCAUGUAUGGAUAUUCCAGAGGUGGCCUUUCGGGACGGAGACGGACUAUGCACGCUGGAUUGUUUCUAA